AUGGAUGAUGAUUUUAAACGUCAGGGAGGCCCCUGGACCGUGGGCAUCUGCGCCGCGCUAGCCGGCACCAUGUACGGGUUCUCGACCAUCGUAACAGGCCUCACCAGGAGGCAGAAGUACGUCUACAACGCCCUGAUCACAGGUCUGUCCAUCGUGCUGGGGCUCGCCUUCGCGGCCCAGUUCAAGCAAUACGCCGAGAUGAUGCGGUGGAGGUUCCUGGCGUCUCAGUAUCGCAAAAUCCAGGACUUUGAGGACGUCCUCGGCUGCGACAGCUACAGGAGCGCCCUGCGUAUCAUGUGGCGCGGCCACCGUCGGGGCACCUGGUACCCGAGUAAGGCGCAGGUCCUCGCCGCGUGCUGGAUCCUCGUCUUUGUCGUCUUCAACGUGUGUACCGCGCUGCUGGGUCUGACGUAUUCGAUCGACGUGUCGGACACAUACGUCCACCUGUCGCGUGGCGAAACCAGCGUGGCCGACCUAUCGUACAUCUCGAGCCAACCACUCCCCGGCGGUGGUUUGGACUACUUCAGCGAGUUCCAAAAAGCGGCAGCCAACCUCUGGGGCCAGGUGGGGCAAAACUUCAUCACCCAUCCGCAGGACCUGGACGACGUGGAAGCGCAUCGCAAUGCCCGGUACGUCAGCCCCGACGGCAGCUUCUAUUACUACCGGUUUGUGGAUCUGUCGCUGGACCAGAAGGCGAACGUUGUGUCGCGGCGCACCGUGUCCAGCACGGCCUCGUGCGUCGAAUACACCGUCACAUUUGGCGGGUACGCAGGACUCAACACGCAGGACGCGGACCUCGUGUACAGCGUACAGUGGGUGGACGACCAGGGCAACUCGUUCAGCGACACGAUCAGUAACGUCGCGACGGGCGAGACCACGUGGAUGGCCAACUCGAGCAGCGCAUGCGGGCCACGCUGCGCCCAGAUCCUGGCCCUCCAGUCGGCGAACAACCUGACGAGCUCGCCCGAGGGGUCGCGCAUCUCGGCCGUGCCGACCCCACGGCUGUGGGCGUGCAACAACACGGUCGGGCGCGUGACGAACACGGACGUCGCAGGCUUCGACGACCCUUCGCGCGUCGACCUGCCAGACGACCAGGCCUUCUACCUCGCGGGCGCGAUCGGCUGGACGGGCAUCGAGACCGUGGGCUCCGACCUGCAGUACUCGCUCUUCAACGGCGACACCCGGUACAACCCACCCGGGAACGUCACGGCGGACCACAUUGCCGCACUGGUCAUGUCCUUCACCGUCGGGGCCAUGUCGGCGAGCGACGGCCUCGGCGGGCCUCGCAUCAAUCUGACGGGCGACGUCAGCCCCAGCCCGGCGCAGGUGGUCAACGUCAAGUGGGCGGACGCGGGCGGCAUCUUGGCCGGCAUCCCCUUUGUGCAGUUCGUCAUGCUGUUGGGCGUCGUGUGGUUCGCUAGCAAGGCCAUCAUCCUGGAGCCGAGCUACAUGACGGUCGCGCACCUGUUGUACCCGGUCAUCCAGAAGGUGGGCAAGGACGGCUGUCUGUUCACCGUCGACGAGAUGGCCGAGCGCCUAGGUCCCGGGUACAGGAUCGCGUAUGGCGUGCGGCCUGACCCCGCGGACCCGGGCCGCCAUGACACCACGUUUGUGCGGGAUCUGGACGUCAUCGAGGAGUCCGAGGGUCAUGGGUAUAUUCGGGGAUCUAUGCCGGAGGGGAGGUAUGAUUGA